AUGACUAUUUGUACAGGGAAGCACCCAACGCAGCGCGAGCUUGACACCUUCCCCCUCUACGUCAAGUUCGACCGUCUCGACGACGGUACCCUCCUGCUCCCAGCCGACGCGAACGCCAUGCUCAGCGACGAGCUGGUGUACGCCGCCAUGAAAGAGACGACGAUGAGCCAACGUGCGCGAUUCAAGGGCGUCUGGGAUGGCAACGGGCACGUCCGCGCAAACUGCGUUCCCCAGGAUCCCGCGCCCCGACUGGACGACCACUACCGCCCCGGUCUGGAAGCGCUACUACGCCUUUCCGCUGCACAACACGGUUUCAAAAUCGCUCCCAAAGCCGACGAGAAGAUGAAGGCCGAGCGUUCCCUUUUCUGGGCUAGCCUAGUCGUGCUUGGAGAUCAGGUUGGAACGGACGCCAACCCCGACCCCGAAGCCGCCUACGCAGGAGGACAGCGAUAA